AACAAACUCGAUUCGAGAGCUGUGAGGAAACGUUUUGAUUGAACUUUUUCAGUAUUAACGUUUAUAAAUUUGGUUGUUAAAAAGCAAAAUGCUGGAUGUGAAGAAAUUCAGCGAAUCAGAUCUUUACGGUCUGCUGGGUGUUGAAAUAAGUGCGACCGAAGCGGAGAUUCGAAAAGGUUACCGCAAAAAGGCUCUGCAAUGCCAUCCGGACAAGAAUCCCGAUAACCCAAAAGCGGCGGAGCUUUUCCAGGAACUCUCCAAGGCACUAGAGAUUCUAAUCGACGCAUCCGCACGAAGUGCAUACGAUAGGCUGUUAAACGCGAAGAAAGCCGCCCAGUUGAGGACACAGCAGCUGGACAGUAAACGACAGAAGCUCAAAAAUGAUCUGGAAGAAAGGGAACGUAGGGCGAAAGAGGAAGCUGGUGGGCCGAGAGCAUCAUACAAAGUGAACAAAACACCAGAGGAAUUGUUCCAAGAGGAGUUCGAACGGCUACGGGAAGAAGGUUCAAAAUUGAUCGAGGAAGAGCAAGAACUCAUGCGCCAACAGUUGCGUGAGGAGAAACAAAUGCAUUCGAGGGCUGAAUCGGGCUGGGAUGCUUCGAAGCAUAGGAUAAAAAUCAAAUGGCCUGCGGGAAAGGAUGAUCCUUUCAACGGUGGCUACUCGCAGGAGGCGUUGAAUAAGUUUCUCUCAAAAUAUGGUGAAAUUAAUGUUUUGGUGAUGAGCCCGAAAAAGAAUGGAAGCGCACUGGUAGAGUUUAAAACGCAGGAAGCGGCCGAAAUGGCGGUUAGUUAUGAAAAGGGGCGGUUGGAUAAUCCCUGUUGUUUAGAGUGGAUAGGAGAUGCACCGAAGAACAAAAAUAGCCGAACGGGAGGUUCCAAUACCAUCACUGAUAGGGAUUACGAAAGUUUAGUGCUAAGACAGCUUCGUCAAGCGGAAGAACGGAGACGUCUGAUAGAACAAAUGAUGAGAGAAGAUGCUGAAGAAGAGUCGUUCGGAAAGUAAUAACAUUGAUUUUAACGAUUAUGUGCAUUUUUUAUCACUUUAUGUUAUAUAUGUUUUCUGUGUGGUAGAUUUUUUGUUCACAAUAAUUUAAAACAAUGCGAUUAUGCGAAAUAUUUUAAUUGCAUAAUGAAGGUUUCGCGCCGUUCGAGAAAAUCGGACAAUUUUGAUUGGUACCGUCUUCCGGGGGCAUAUUGAUCAAACGUACUACUUAAAACAAAGCGAAAUUCUUGGAGGUGUUAUGUAAUUGAAUUUUAAACUCAUUUUCUUUGAAAUGUUCAAUAAAUAUCUGGCGUUUGUGUCAGAUGUAAACAACCAGCUGAUCAUCAAACAAAGCAUCAAUGAAGAAACACGGUAGAGAAAAUUUAGGCAAAGGGGAUUUUGUAUGUCAUAUCCUAAAAGUAUAAAUGGGUACUUUAAGGUGAAGGUGGAAGGAAGCCACAUAUGGCUGCCAAAAUGGCGCUCUCCCUCAUCCCUCGCCCGAAAAUCAAUACUUUUGCGAGAUAGUGUGGAGAAAAUAAUCGUUUUCGCACACUUCCCAUCAAAUAAUAUCAACCAAACUCUAAUCGAUUACUCACGAGAUAUUAAAUUUUCAUCUGCCGUCGCACUGUAUAGUGAAAAACGUCGGAAAACUCGAGCUAGUACUCUGAAAGUUAAAUUUUCAUUCUCCAAUUUUCCGCAAUUAUUAUUUAUUUAGUUAUUUUUUGCAACAGAGUUAUUUUUUCGACACUGAUGCCUCAUCGAAACAUCUAUAAAAACCACUCAAUAAAAUGUUAAUCCUGAGUCACAGCGUUUCAUGUCAUGAAAAUCAAUAAAAUAAAAUUGUGUUGAUAAUAAGUUUUAGCAACUUUAACAUUGGUUAAGAAAAUUAUAUUGCAGAGCUCGGAACACUGCCACGGAUGCUUUCAAAAAUAGUUACAUUCAAUCAAAAUGCCUCGGCCAAUGAAGAGAAGGGUUAAGGCUCUCCAACUUGAAUAUGUGAAAACAAUACGAUCAACGAAGGAAAACAUUAAGGAAUUAUCAACAUCUAGUUACUGUGCGGAAGAACUUGUUAAUAUCAAAAGUACCCCAAUUCGGAUGUUUUAUAAAUUUGCUCAUGUUACGCUUGCGUAUAUUCAGAAUUUUACUUCAUACGAAAAUACACCUUCUAUAUAUAUAUUUACAUUUGCAAUUGUUCAUACAUUUAACUUCAGUAUUGAAUUGUAAUUUUUUUCAAAUGAAUUCUAAGACUCAUGUCAGUGAAGCGCCACACAGUCUGAUAAGUGAUUUGAUCUAUUUACGUACAAAAACCCACCUUCACCUUAAAAAUUACAGAAGUAAUUUUUUGUUUUCUAAAAAAUAAAUCAACGAUACUAAAAAUGGCAAAAUUGUUCACUAAUAACCUACUUGACGUAGUAUUGAUUGGAAUAUAAAAAUGUUUGAAAAACUUAUAAUAUUGAAAUACUUUGAUUUCAAAUUGGGGUGGAUUUUUUUUUCGCUCAUCAGUGCAGACGCGAUAAGUUGCAUUUGAAAGAAACCUUUGAAGUUUAAUCAGAAUCGGUCCACGGAUUUCAGAAAUAUGUCCGGAACAAGUCUCAGCGCUAUAAAUUCCAGAACCCAGAAAUACACAGAACCCACCAUUUAGGGGAUCAAACUUGCUCAUUCAUGAUUAUUUGACAUAUUUUUGACUUACCCGGAUGGUCUCCUAAUGACCUGCAGAUCAAAAUUAGAUCGAGA